AUGACAUUUUCGAUUAGUGACCAUAAUUUAGCGGUCGGCUACAACGAGGACCACUUUGGAGAACGCGCCCCGGUUCCCGUCAAGGAGCCACUUACUGAAGAACGAUGCAACGCGAAGUGUCGCCAGAUGCCGAACGUUGAAGUGGAACCCGACCUGCGGCAACGCGCGAGGGCCACGCCACAGUCGAUGUUCAAUAUUUACCUGCGAUAUUACCUCAACAUGCCUUCAACCACCCUGGCGAUAAGAAAGACAAAUAUUCGCGGUUCCAUACUCCGUCUGGACUCUACUUCCACUUGUGCGGCAGCAGUACUUUUCGUCGGCUACUCUUAUCUUUGCAUAGAAUACACCGUAUGA